AUGCUAGGCGUCGCCAUCUUCCUGUCCAGCCUCGUGUUCGGCAUCUGCUAUCUCAUCCUCAUCCCCCUGAUCAUCUACUUCCGCGACUCCAAGGGUCUGCGAAAAUACCCUAACCUGACAUUCUGGUCGGGGAUAUCAGACCUGCCCUUCAUCUACGAAGCGCACAAGGGCUUCCGGUCGCACGCCCUGCUCCAGGCGCACGCGAAGGCGCCCGUCGUGCGGAUUGGGCCGAACUCGCUCUCGUUUGCCAGUCCCGAGGCGAUCAAGGACAUCUAUGGACACAACACGAAAUGCACCAAGGACAUCUUCUACCAGGAGCUAGCGGGAAGCCAUUUCCACCUCGCGGAUGUCGUCGACAAGCACGAGCACGCGCGCAAGAGGAAAAUGUUGUCGAGUGCCUAUGCGAUCAAAAAUCUGGAGGGCUGGGAACACAAGGUCGCAGAUAUGACCGGUCGGCUGAUCAGAGCAUUCGAUGCUCGGUGUUCUGCGCCGCUUCCCAAGGGACAGCUGCCGACCAGUGAGGACCUGACUGUCGACUACCGCAUGUGGACCAAUCUAUUCACUGUCGCAGCGAUCGCCAACAUCGGACUGAGCGAAGAUCUAGGCUUCCUCGACCGUGGAGACGACCUGAUCACCUCUGAGGCGGCUGAUGGAACGCUGAAGAAGGUCCAUUUCCGAGAAUGCCUGCACGCCACUGCCUGGGCACAGUCGAACCUGGUCUGGGCUUACGGCUCGUAUAAGACACUGGUCCGGCUGAGCAAAAUCUUCUCUCGCACGUACCGAGAGAAAUGGCGAUUGAACCAGGACUGGGACGGCAUCGUGCGAAACCGAGCCACCACGAGGUUCAAACGGUAUCUGGCUGGAGAGCAACUGGACGACUUCUUCACGGCUAUCUUACAGGACAAAUCUGGUCGGCCCAACAACCUCGAAUGGGGUGAAAUGGUGGCCGAGGUCAGCAUCAUGAUGAACGCGGGGAGUGACACCACGGCCAUGGCAAUGAAUAAUGUGAUGUUCUUGCUCUUGAAGAACCCAGCCUGUUUGGAGAAGCUGAGGGACGAGUUGGACCAUACGCUCGACGACGACGAAGAGAUCGCGGCGUACGACAAGAUCAAGCAUCUCCCUUACCUGCGUGCCUGUCUCGACGAAAGCUUACGCCUCAUCCCCCCCACGACUUUUGGGCUGCCUCGUCGCACGCCGCCGGAGGGAGCACCGGUGGCAGGUGAUUUUAUUGCCGGGGAUACCUCCGUGUCCAUGUCCUCGUACGUGGCACACCGGGACAAGACUAUAUUCCGGGACCCAGAACAGUACAGGCCGGAGAGAUGGCUGGGGGAAGCAGGCAAGGAGUUGCAGCCAUACUUCAUUGCCUUCUCCGCCGGGGCACGGGGGUGCAUUGGUCGCAACAUCAGCUAUCUGGAGCAGAUGGUGCUGUUGGCCUCGGUGAUACACCGCUAUGAGUUCGCUCUGCCGUGUCCUGGGUGGGAGCCGACGAGGAGGGAGAACUUCAAUCUAUCGGCGGGGCCAAUGCCGCUGAAGGUCUGGAGACGGAAGAAACUGCAUCAAUGA